AUGGGACGGUCGCGCUCGCGCUCGCGCGAUCGUCGCGGGAGGAGCAGGUCGCGCUCGCGCUCGCGCGAUCGCGAUCGCGAGCGCCGGCGCGAAAGGAGCCGCUCGCGCGACCGACGGCAUCGCGACAAUCAUCGUCGCGGAUCUCGCGACGCCCCACGCGACGCGAGGGACGGUUCCCGCGAGCGAGACGGCCGAAAGCGAGGCAGGGACGACGAUCGCGGGGAGUUUCGCGGCGGCGUCGGGCGCGGGGUCCGCACCGACGGCCGGGAAGAAGACGACGACGACGGCCGCCGCGCGGGAUCCUCCGACAAGAACGCCGAGGACGCCGAGGCUGAGAAGAAGCGCGCGAGACUCGCCGCCGCCAAGGCGCUCAUGGACAAGAAACGCGCCGCCGCCGCGAAGGAAGCCGCCGAGCGGGUCGCCGCGAGAGCCACCGCGGAGCACGCGGCCGCGUCCGCCCCAGCGCCGCCCGCGCGACCCGGCGGCGACGACGACGACGACGUCGAUCCCCUGGACGCGUUCAUGGCUGCCGAGAUUAAUCCGGAGGUGAGGCGCCGCGAGGAGGAGGAGGCCAAGGCGAAGCGCGACGCCAUGCUUCGCCGCGCGAACGAGAUCAAGGCGGCGCGUGAGAGCGGGAAGGAGGUGAGGGCCCGCGCGGACGCGACGAUGCUCGCGGACAUCGACGCGGAGAUUGAGGAAAAGCCGGAUGAGACUGUGGAGAUACCGGACAACAAGGUGAAGCUCGUCAUCGGCGCGGGGGGCGAGAACAUAAGGCGGAUACAGAAAAAGUCCAACUGCCGUCUGCAGGUGAAGAAGAAGGCGGCGGCAAUGUCCGUGGGGUUCGGGGGCACCGACGAGGCCGGGCUCAUGCGCGACGACGACGACGACGACGACGAAAAAAACGACGGGAAAAACGAAUCCGGGUCGACCACCUUCAUGCUCUUCGGCCCCCCCGAGGCUCGAGAGGCGGCGAAGCGCAUGAUCCACGAGCUGUUCGACAAGGCUGCAGAGGCCAAGGCGCGGCAGCGUCAGGACGAGAAGGACUACAAGGCGAAGAAACGCGAGCGAGCGCGGCUCGAGUACCACCUUCGUCACAAGAAAGACUACGACGUCCUCGGCGUCCAGCUGGGCGCUUCCAAGGACGAGUGCAAACGGGCGUACCGGAAGCUCGCCGUGAGGUGGCACCCGGAUAAGCACCCCGAGGGCGACGCCCGCGUGGAGGCGGAGGCCAAGUUUAAGGAGAUUCAACGCGCCUUCGACGCGUUGAUGACCACGGACGAGAAUCAAACGAUCGAGGCGCUCGCCGCGAAGGGCCAGCGGGAGGCGGAGCGCGCGGUGAAGGAGUUGAAGAAGGAGGCGGCGCGACGCGACGGGGUGGACAUGGAGGCGGUGGCGAGGAGCGUGGCGGAGGUGCAGGAGAGGGCUAAGAGGGCCGCGGCGGAGGCCAAGGCGCGGGAGAUUGAGGCGGCGCGGGAGGCGUACAGGCGAAUGUGA